GGCCCUCCAGGCCCCGCCCCUCGGCCGGCGAUGACGCCAUUCCGGAACCGACCCCCUGAGCCCGUGAGCAUCGUCAGCGUCGCUGUCGCUUCCGCGUCCCGGACAUGGUGAUUUCAGAAACUAUGGAUAUACUCUUCAGAAUAAGAGGAGGCCUUGAUCUAGCUUUUCAGCUAGCUAAUGAAGUUUUCAUCAAGAAGGCACUAAAAUAUAUGCUGAGAGACCUGUCAACCAAGCUUUCUUCAAAUGCACUUGUGUUCAGAAUUUGCCACAGUUCAGUGUAUGUGUGGCCUAACAGUGACAUAAACACCAUUCCAGGAGAACUGACUGAUAGUUCUCCUUGUAAGAACAUAAUGCGCUUUAUUCAAUUUGAACAAGAAGAAGAUACAAAACAAAAAUUCAUGAGAAAGAAAGACAAAAAGUUAUCAGACCUGCCUCAAAUAGUAAAUAUAGAUCUUAUGCUGGAAAUGUCCACCUCUCUGGCAGCUGUAACCCCCAUCAUUGAAAGGGAAAGUAGAGGACACCACUAUAUUAAUAUGACUUUACCGGUUGAUGCAGUUAUAUCUGUUGCUCCAGAAGAGACAUGGGGAAACAUUCGUAAACUUCUGGUUGAUGCAGUUCAUAAUCAACUAACUGAUAUGGAAAAAUGUAUUUUGAAAUAUGUGAAAGGGACAUCUGUUGUGGUCCCUGAACCACUGCACUUUUUAUUACCAGGGGAAAAAAAUCUUGUAACAAUUUCAUAUCCAUCAGGAAUUCCAGAUGAUCACUUGCAGGCCUACAGAAAGGAGUUACAUGAUCUCUUCAAUCUGCCUCAUGACAGACCUUAUUUCAAAAGGUCUAAUGCUUAUCACUUUCCAGAUGAACCAUACAAAGAUGGUUACAUUAGAAAUCCACAUAUUUAUCUUAAUCCACCUAACAUAGAGACUGGUAUGAUUUAUGUGGUCCAGGGCACGUAUGGUUAUCAUCAUUAUAUGCAGGAUCGGAUAGAUGACAACGGCUGGGGCUGUGCUUAUCGAUCGCUACAGACAAUCUGCUCUUGGUUCAAACAUCAGGGAUACACAGAGAGGCCCAUUCCAACACACAGAGAAAUUCAGCAGGCUCUAGUUGAUGCCAGUGACAAACCACCAACAUUUGUCGGAUCACGGCAAUGGAUUGGAUCUAUUGAGGUACAGCUGGUACUAAACCAAUUGAUUGGUAUAACUUCAAAAAUACUGUUUGUCAGCCAAGGUUCAGAAAUGGCCUCUCAAGGACGAGAACUGGUUAAUCAUUUCCAGAGUGAAGGAACUCCAAUAAUGAUUGGGGGAGGAGUUUUGGCCCACACAAUACUAGGAGUUGCAUGGAAUGAGAUUACAGGGCAGAUAAAAUUUCUUAUUCUAGAUCCACAUUAUACAGGCGCUGAAGAUUUGCAAGUGAUUUUAGAGAAGGGCUGGUGUGGAUGGAAGGGCCCAGACUUUUGGAACAAGGAUGCUUACUAUAACUUAUGUCUUCCUCAGCGACCAAAUAUUAUUUAAAAUGUCUUGGACUCAAAGACUGAAGUAAAGUGGUAUUAUAAAUUUGUUAAUAAAGAAUAAGUUUAACUCCAAAUUAAA